AUGGCCUCAUCUAUUCCCAGAAGCAUUCUGCAACCUAAUUCUCAAAUACAAUGGAACUCUUCUUUCUUGUCAAACUCUUCAUCUCUCUUUGACUCAUACAACACAAACCCAACUUCACAGUCUGCCCCAAACUCUCCAAUAACUUCAAAUGACGACAUCAAAAUAACUCCAACUCUUGAAGAAAUUCUAUCUGAGCAAUCCUCCUGUCCUUAUUCCAAAUUCGAAUUUGCAAAUUUUCUUAAAAAGACGUUUUGUUACGAAAAUUUAAAAUUCUUAAUGGAGCUAGAAAAUUUCAUUAAUCUAUUAAACAACAAUAAUCAAGAAAACUUGAAUUAUCUAAAAGUAUUCUGGCUAAAUCUAUCAAAUGAUUUUAUAAAGGUAAAUUCAGAAAAUGAAAUCAAUUUAUCUGCCACAAGAAGAAAACAAUUAUUAUCCACUUUUGACAAUAACAAUAAAAUUAAGCUUGAUUGCUACAGCAUUAAAGCUUGUCUCUACACUGAUCCCAAUUCAUCCUUGAACAUUCCUUCAAAAAAACUAUUAUCCGAAACAAUUAUUGACAUCAAAGAAUUACUAAGAGAUGCCUACUUGGGCUUCUUAACCUCUGUCGAAAACAAUGAAGAUAAUAUCAAUUACAUUGGUGAAUAUGAAAACAAUUAUGAUAACUUUACAAACUCUGUUAAAAAUGGCAAUUACAUUGAUUAUUGGGAUUCAAAUUACUGCCUAUCAAACUCGAAUAACAAUAAAGUCAAUAACAAUACUUUUCAAUCAUACGAUGAUUCUAAUUUAUCUCCCUUGGACACAAUUUGUGUCUUGAAUAUUCAAAAUACUUCUCCUACCAUCACCACCACCACCACUACUACUACUACUAACAAUAACAAUAACAAAACAAAAAAGAAAACAAUCACUCCCUCUAAACAAACAUCUAAUAAUACUAACCCCAAUCCUAGAUCUUUAAACAGUAAUUCCGCUUUAAUACUGAGAAUCACUUAUCAACAACAACUAGAAAUCGCUUCAAUAAUAUCCGAUGGCUCAAAAGUUAGAUCAAAGUCUUCUAAACCUUCUAAAUUAUCCAAAGCUAAAAGAGGCUCGGUUUCAAGUGUAUCUGGAAGAAGAAAUUCAAACUUCAAACCUGAAGAUGCUUCAAAAUUACCAAACCAUCUUCCUUCUUCCACCUAUAUUCAAAGAACUGCUAAACAUAGAAAGUCGCUAAUGUCUUUUAAAAUUAACAUGAACAACGACACUACUAAUAGCAGUAAUAAUAACUCCCAAUCUCAACCUCAAAAUAAUCUCGAAUCUUGGAAGGAAAAACUUUUAAAGUGGAGAAGACCAUCAGCUAUUAAAGCCAAAGGUUUAGCUCGUUAA